GAGUUUCUAAUGGGAGGGUUUGGGGCAUGCUCAGUCAGCUUGUUUUCGUCUAAAGAACCUGUAACCAUCAAUCAUCAAGGCGAAGGCAAACCCAGCACUUGGUCCACACCCAGGCAAGAUGUUUAUUAGCGUUCACCAAUCUUUGCUUAGUUCCUUACAUAAUAAAAUCGUAGAGCCCGCCCACCUUCGUACCGUGUUAAAGCCUCCUCACAGACAUGUUUCCCUUCAGUUUUGUUUUGAAUAAGAAGCGAGAGAUACCACCGUAAAGUUUGAACGAUUCGAGUCUUUCUCUUCGUAUACCGAAGUCGCAAGGAGAAUUACAAUCUUUAUAGUUUUUCGGGGCGGAACGUGCAAGAGGACAAAAUGAUUUUUGACAGGUUGAAAAAGUUCUACAUCGUUUUCGAUUCGCCCGAAAUCGACUCUCCUCCAGUGUUCAGCAGCGGGGAUGUUGUCUCUGGCAGGGUGGUCUUGGAGUUUAGUGGAGAAAGCAAAGUGGAAUCGUUAAAGUUACACGCCGAAGGUUUUGCAAAAGUGCACUGGACAGAAUCUCGAAGUGCCGGAUCGAGUACGGCUUAUACACAAAACUAUAGCGAUGAAGUCGAGUACCUGAACCGGAGAGAGGUUCUUCUGCAAGCAGAUAAUGGUGAAUUAACCGUCCUCAGUGCUGGAAGGCACGAAUUCCCCUUCAGUUUCCAACUGCCAGAAGAGACCCUGGUAACCUCAUUUGAAGGCAAACAUGGAAGCAUCCGUUACUGGGUGAAAGUAAAGCUCCACAGACCUUGGGCCACUGUUAAGAAAAUCAAGAAGGAGUUCACAGUCAUUGAACCUAUUGACAUUAACACACCGUCUCUUCUGGCACCUCAGGCAGGCACCAAAGAAAAAGUUGCACGCGCUUGGUACUGUAACUUUGGGCAAGUUUCCAUCACAGCCAAAAUCGACCGCAAAGGCUACACACCAGGCGAAGUGAUCCCCGUGUUUGCGGAGUUCGACAACUCCACCUCGCGCACCGUGGUACCCAAGGCUUACAUCACUCAGACUCAAACCUUCAUCGCCAGGGGAACCAUGAAGCAGAAACGCUCCGUGGUGGCCACGCUCUGCGGCGACGCGGUGGGGGCCCGGCGCCGGGAGACGUGGCACGGCCGCGCCAUUAAGAUCCCCCCCGUGGGGCCGUCCAUCCUGCAGUGUCGCAUCAUCAAAGUCGAGUACACGCUCAAGGUGUGUCUGGACGUCCCGGGAACGUCUAAGCUGUGUCUGGAGCUGCCGCUGGUGAUGGGCACCAUCCCUCUCCACCCGUUUGGCAGCAGAACCUCCAGCGUGAGCAGUCAGUACAGCGUCAACCUGGAGUGGCUUCGUAUGGCCAUCCCCGAGCAACCUGAGCCCCCUCCUGAGUACAGCUCUGUGGUGACGGACGAGGAGGCAGCGCGCGCGGUCACACAGAACGCGCCUCCCUGUGAGGAGCUGGGGCGUCCCUACAUGGCCUACGUACAGGAGUUCAGGCUCAGACCUCCUCCCGUUUACAGUGAGGUCGACCCCAAUCCACAGCCUCUGCACAUGAGACCACGCUGCAUGACCUGUUGAGCGACGCGUUUAAAACCGAGCAUCACGCGAUGGUGACCUGAUCAGAUAUAAACGAGUCAGAGAUGUGUCUUGUCUCGAGUGUCUCUCUGAACACGACUCUCGUUCUGUGGAAGAGGCUGUCCUUGUCCUCGGCCUCCACGGUAAGAGGCCCACGGUGAAGGGAGGAUCGGUGGGUUUGACUGGAGCCCUUUUCCCCGUGAGAAAAAGAGAACAGGAGACGCGAAUCGAAAAAAAAAAAAAAAAAGACUCUCUCUCCUUUGUUCCUGUCCUCUGCUGAGACUUCUCCUUAUUGGAUUUGUUCUGGUGCCACCUUGGCUGCUUUGAAACCCCCGCCUCCACCCCUAAAGCCGCCCCCCCCUCCCUCCCUCCCUCCACACUUUGAGCUGAUGACCCUCCAACACUUGCGACUGGAGUCUGGGACCCUGAGGGGGUUGGGGUGGAGAGAAGAUUUGAAGGCGAACAGAAAGGAGAAGGGCUCUUUGAUAGGUUGGCUUUUGUGCCCAAUCAGAACCUCACCGAUGAUAAUGUACAGACUGUUGGGUGGGACUUCCUGAACGGUCUACGCGAUUGUUUGUGUGUGGCAAACCGACGCCACCACCUCACCCAUAAUGCCCACCAGCAGCAGCUGCUGCAAAGCUGCUCAAUAGAUGUCAGAACAUGCAUGUUAUGGGGGAAAAGCCUUUGUAAGUUAGGAGGUUUGUACUUAGGGAAGUAAAUCUAACUAAAGCAUGCUCAAGCGAAUAACGUGGCCUUGUGUGACCGCGAAAGCAGACUGACCUAGGCGAGGUAGACGCCGCAGACGUGAUCGAAGUAAAACGGUUGCCGGGUUUGUUAACAGAAAAUAAAACAGGAAAAAAAAGGGAAACCUCGAAGCUUGAAAAUGUUGCGUGGAGAAAAUAGAUGAAAAUAUUCCAGAAGUGUAAGAGCAGUACUGCCAACGCCCCCCCCC